CCCUCAAAACCCACCGAUUUCAGCUCUUCUUUGUCGAUUUCACUAAACUUCAUCGUCUUCAACCUCCGGCGACUUCUCAGCAAAGAGAUGGCGCCAACUAAAGGCAAAGGAAAUGUGAAGAAGAAAGGGAAAGGGAGCUCCAAAAUUACAAAGAGCAGAGCUCCAGAAUCAACUUCCGACUUCUAUUUCCCAAGAGAAAUCAUCUCUAACAUCCUUUCCCGUCUCCCUGUUAAGAUCCUUUUACGAUUCAGGUGCGUUUGCAAGCAAUGGCGAAACCUCAUUUCGAAACCCAACUUUAUCGCCGCCCAUUUCAGUCACUCCUCUGCUCUGCAGCGCAGCGGUUCAUCCAUUCUUAUAGGAACCCGCCAUUACGAGUCCUCUCAUCAUGUACUCUCACUAUAUACUCCCCCGCCUGAGCCUGAAUCAUCUUCAUCAAUUGUGGAACUGGACAGCCCUUUUCCUUGCUUCUUUCCCCAUAUGUACAUUGUGGGUCCUUGCAAUGGCAUUGUGUGCCUUUUUCAGCCACCUUGGGGUGACUUGAUUACCCUUUGGAACCCAGCUAUGAGGCAGUCUAGGAUGGUGAGGCUUUCUGAAAGUGAACCUGUUAUGGGAGUGCACUGUUGGGCAUCCAUUGGAUUGGCUUUUGAUCCCCAAGAAAAUGAUUUUUUGGUGUUGAGAAUCUUUACUGCCAUGCCAACAUCUACAGUCCCGAACCAUGUGGAAAUGUGGUCAACCAAGAGUUUUGGAUGGCAGAAACUGAAAAGUGAGGUGGUUUUUCAUAUUCCUGGGCAUACUAGCAACGUGAACGUUAAAGGGGUGCCUUAUUGGUUUGCUACUGUCACUGAUGAAUUUGGGUGGCGGCCGGUGUUGGUGCGCUUUGAUGUGGGUAAAAAAGUAUUUGAGAAGUUACCUAUGCUAGGAACCGGAGAAAGGAAUAAGAAGCAUCAACAACUUGUGGUCUUGGACGAUUUUCUUGGUAAGUUAACCUUUGAUGAAAGAGACGAAUCCCAUUUUGAUGUUUGGGUAAUGGAUGAUGAAGAUGGUUGGACUAAAAAAUACAAAGUUGGACCGUUGCUCGGGUUAGAGAGAACUAUGGGCUGUUUGAGGAAUGGAGACAUUGUAGCUAAGAACAAAGAAGAAGUGGUGUUCUUGUUUGAUCCCGUGACUUGUUCAGUUAAGGCAAACUUGAGCAUUGAUAGUUCUAAGAAUGGUGCAUAUAUGAUUUUCGACUAUUCAGAGAGCCUAAUGCUGAUCGGAGGGAUGCUACCUGUUAAGAAGCAAAAUGCUCGAGAUAAAUUGGCAUGCAAAAAACUCACAAGGGCUUGCAUUGACUUCAUGCUGUGACAACCCUCAGCAUGUGAACUUGGCUAUCCAGCUUGUGCGGAAGACACCAUGUUCGCCCUUUUUUUGCGAACCUCAAAGGUGGCAUGAAAAACCUUUUGACGUCUUUUUAGUUGGGAGAUGGCAUGUAUGCAGUUUCCGGUCUGCUUUACAACCCUGUGAUGUUUGUAUUAGAAGGGUCUAAUUCUGAUAAUCUAACUAGUUGAUCAGAUUGUUAACCAAUUUCUGUCUCUCACUGCACUUAUCAAAUGUUACUUUAUCUAUCUAUGGUGUAUUCAUGUUUCUGGUGUAA